UAAAUGUACAUAACCAACACUAAAAUAGGGGUAGUGGGAUAAGACCAUAAAAUAAAUAUUUACAACAUCUACAAAUGCAAUCAUGUUAGAAAUUUAAAUAUAUACGAGAAUUCAAACUGGGUAGGUGGCGAUGGCUAAUGGCUUAAUCAAAAGUUCAGAAGUCAUGCAGUGUGGGCCAUGGGAACGACUUUUUAGCAAUUCCAUAACGUAAGGGGUAAGUCCUCAAAACGCCUCCAUCCAACAAAGCUAGCCCCUACGAACAAUCUGCAAGCUACCAUACACUGUAAACACAAACAUAUUAGCUUCACAAAAUUGAAGCAGCAGCUAGCUAGGGAUAUGAUGAUGGAAAUUAGUUGUGGAGCAGAAAGUUCUCAAUUUGAAAGUUUCCCACGGAAAGGUUCAGCAGUAGAAGGGAGUAUUGUGGGUGUUGAUGAUGAUAUACUGGAGAUCAAAGGCCGGCUGUGUGGCUCCCCCUCAUCUAAACUCGAAGUUGUGGCGCUAGUGGGGAUGGGAGGCAUUGGCAAAACGGCUCUUGCUAAGAAAGUAUACGAAGAUCCAUUAGUUAUGCACCACUUCUACCUGCGAGCCUGGAUAACUGUAUCAAGACAGCAUCGAGUUGGAGAAAUGUUUCUUGGUCUUCUGCGUUGUGUCUGCCCAUCCAGCGAUGAAAUCUACAAGAAAAGUGAGCAUCAGCUGGCGGAAGAAUUGCGCAGAAGGCUGAUAGGUCACAGGUAUCUUAUUGUCAUGGAUGACGUGUGGAGUACUGAGGCCUGGGAUGAUGUUAAAAGGUGUUUCCCGGAUGACAGGAAUGGGAGCCGGAUUAUACUGACGAGCUGGGUUAUGGCAGUGGGUGUUCAUGCUCACCCAGGUAGUCCUCCACACUGCCUGAGGCCUCUGGAUUUGCAUCAGAGCUGGGAGCUGCUAUGCCAAAAGGUAUUUGGAAAGACACCCUGCCCCUCAGAAUUGGUGGAGAUUGGGAAGAAAAUUGCAGAGAGAUGUGGAGGUCUACCUCUAGCAAUCGUCGUGGUUGCUGGUUCUCUUGCUAAGGUAAGUAAGACAAGAAGCUCUUGGUCCAAUUAUGCCAAAAUGGUUGGUUCAGCUGCAAAUGAACAAGAUAAACAGAAAUGCUUAGAUAUACUUGCUUUGAGUUAUCAAUACUUGCCUUGCCAUUUGAAGCCUUGCUUCCUCUAUACGGGAGCUUUUCCAGAAGAUUAUGAGAUCCCUGCUUGGACACUAUUCAGGCUAUGGAUAGCUGAGGGGUUUCUGCCAGAAACAAAGCUAAAGAGCCCGGAGGAAGUGGCAGAACACUGUUUGGAGGAUCUUGUCAGUAGAAGCCUUGUUAUGGUUUCAAAGAGGAGAUCUGACGGUGGAGUUAAGACGUGUGUUGUUCAUGAUCUUCUGCGCGAAUUGAGUUUGCAAGAAGGCGAAAAGGAGAAGUUUAUGCAUGUUAAGAAAGAGCAUUCCACCAUUUAUAGUGCAUAUGCUUAUAAUAGUAAGCAGUCUACUCCUGUCACCUCUUCUUUUCUAUCUUUUGGUACAAUUGGCAUGCCCCAAUCUGAGACUAUUUUCCUUAUUUCGACCUUCAGAUUGCUGAGAGUAUUGCACUUAGUUGGACACACAUUUGUUCAUUUCCCAGUAGAGAUAACCCACCUGAUUCAUAUGAAGUAUCUAGCCCUUAGUUUCUCUCAACCCGACUUUCCUCUUUCAGUGUCCAAACUUGUGAAUCUACAAACCUUAGUCCUUGAAACAUCAGGAAGUUUGAUCUUGCCAACAGAAAUGUGGGAAAUGGAAAAGUUGAGGCAUCUGCAUCUUAAGAAUUCCAGUUUGUGGCCUAGUCCUCCUAUGACAAGUACCAAGGUUUUGUCGAAUCUGCAAACUCUUUGCUUUAUAGACCUCAACAGUUGUACAAGAGAAGUUUUCAUUAGUAUCUCCAAUCUUAAAAAAUUGGGCAUCACUGGAUGCGGUGCAGGACUAGAAGUAACAAAUUGGGCGUUAUAUCAACAGCACUGGAUUAGACAGCAGUUGAAUGGUUGCCUCACCAAUCUUCUUUACUUGAAACAACUAGAAACACUAAAGUUUUGCUCAAUCUUGAUAAAGAAUUUCCCAUGCUGGGAUGCUUUCCCACCAAAUCUUAAAAAACUGAGCAUCAAAAUGUGCUAUUUGGUGCCCAAAUCUGUGACCACUUUCUCUAUGUUACCCAACCUGGAGAUUCUGAAACUGAAAGAUGUGAAUUUCGAAAGACAUGCUUUCGAACUGAGUGAACAAGUGUUCAAAAAGCUGAAGUUUCUGCUGAUUCAGUCUUCCACCCUUAAGCUCUGGGAAGUAGCUAACAGUUAUCAUUUCCCAAAACUUGAACGCCUAGUUCUGAAGCAUUGCUUCAGCCUGAAGGAGAUUCCUAAUGAGAUCGGGGAUAUCCCAACACUUGAGUUCAUUGAGUUGCACCAUUCUCCUGCAGUUGAACACUGCGCAAGAAGGAUUGAAGAUGAGCAGAGGGAUUUGGGAAAUGAUAGCUUCAAAGUUUAUAUCAACCGUAGUGUUAUCCCCUGUGGCAUGGACAGAAAUGGGUGAUUUCUUCCCCUCCAGAGACGGAGGAGGCUUCUUCAUCUCCAAAUUUGAAGACUAAGGAGACUAUGAUCUAGGUUUCCUUCGUCUCCAUUAAGGAGGACUCAAAGAAUUCUUCAAAGAUAUAUAGGUAAGUUUGAAAACUAUAUUAUCAUGUAUUUCAGUGAACUCUUUUGUCAAAACUUCGAAGCUGCUUUCCAAUUCACUUUAGCAAUUAGCAGCCUGCAAUAAUAAAAAAAAACUAUAGAACAUUGCUUAACCCUCUAUCUUUAGCUAAUCAACCCCUACUUCUCAGAUUCACUAGAAAAUGCCUCAUCUAAAGUGCCGAAAAGUUCAUAUUUGGUUUAGCGAUGGAAUAACCUGAGUAUGCUUGAAACGAAAAGGAGCUCCAUUGGCGUUGCGAGGC